CCGAAAGAUGCGAUUGAAUAAAUCUAUUGCCAGCAGCAUUGGUAGUAAUUUAAAUCGCUUUGGAGGUGCUCAAGAUUUAAAUAAAAUGCUACUGACUGAUGAUUAUUUCAGUGAUGUUAAUCCACGCAGUAUGCGACGUUUAAUGAAUGUUUUUUAUGUUAUGGGAAGACUAUUAAAAGCAUUCCAGAUUGACUUUAAUUGGUAUCAUUUAGCUAGUUGGAUCAAUAUUACUGUGCAGUGGCCUUUUAAACCUUCUUGGAUGAUUCUUCACUAUGAAAUGUAUGAAGACACUUUUGAAGAUUCAAUGUCUUUGAAGACAUUGUAUGAUAAAAUUCGUUCACAAAUUCCAGUACUUAAAAACGUUCAACUUCUCUUAGAAAUGGAUAGAGAUGAGCGUAAACUCGAUGUUUUUCUAAUAUUUCAUCGCUCCAGUCUUCUAAUUAGUGAUAUGAGAAUAUUCUUGCCAUUUACUAUUAAUCUUGAUCUUUAUAUAAAAAAUAAAAUAAAAGAAGAGCAACAAAGUAUUGAAGAAGAUGUUCAUUUAGGAAUAUAUAAAAAUCAAUGGCAAAAGACAAAUGAGUCAUGGAUUCCAAAUAGAACUAAUUUGACAAAUCGUCAUGCUAAAUUAGUUAAAACUCCAAGUUUAUCGGGACCACCAUUCCCACCAUUAGGACCUUGGGCUAUUCCUCCAGUCUAUGAUUGGCAUCAUCCUUGGGUCCAAAUACCACCAACUGAACCUCCAGUUAAGCCUCUUCCAGUGACUACUACUUUACCAUCGGAAAUUCUUGAAAUAAAAUUAUCAAUAAAGAGUUAUAAGAGUAUCGUUAGAGAAAAUAAUAUUACUAGAAAAGUCUUGUUCCACUGUGAUUUAUCAGAAUUAAAACAAGUACUUAAUAUAAGUUUUGGUGACUGGGAGAUUUUCCGAAUAGUUAUUGUAUCACUUCGAGAACAGGAACGAUCAGUAUUUUCAGUUUGUAAAGAAGGUUCACGUAGUGUACGAUUUACUGUACGACCUGAACCAAAUGACCGCAAAGAAACAAGAGAGUCUCAAAGUAGUUUUCAAAUAUAUUCCACUCAUGGAGAUAAAGAAAAGCCCACAAGUCGAACAGAUGGAUCAUCAAGACGUGAUCCAACAAAAUAUUCAAUAAUGGAAAAGCAGUGUUUCAGGUAUUAGGUGACUCUAGAAGAACAGAUGAUCUGUGGAGCUCUUCAAACAUCGAACGAAGAAGCAUGUGAAGAUGUUUUAGAUGUACCCUCACCUACUGUAGUACCUCCAGACUCACUUCCAGAUGAGUCUUCCUCCCUACCGCUUACACUGCCUGUGGUUAUUGUUGAAAAACCACCAAAGUCUGAUGACCAAAGCCCUGACAACAACGAAUAUGGCACUCAUUUCUAGUCUGAUUAAUAUCAAAAUGAUACAU